UAACUUGUCACUUUAUUAGCUGAAAUUGCUAGAUUGUACAGCAGUAAAAACAGGAAGUGGUUAUUGUGAUCCGGUGAAUUAAAAAAACAAAACGACACCAGACCUCAAUGUCCCUGCGUUUCACUGAGCUGCAAAUCGUUUCACCUCAGGGACUCUUUAACCCGUCUUUUGUAUCACCAUUUCUGGUUUAUAAAAAAAGCUGCAAUAAAUAAAAUAAUGUUUAGCCUGGUGGCCCACCAGGCUUAAAAUACACAAAUCAGCUGGAAAACCAACAGCAAUCACCUGGAGGAGGAAUAAAACUCAAUCAGAGCAGCUAGCCUGUCCUGUGAUUUAGCUCCGGUCUUUUUAUGAUGUUUUUCUGCUGAAGGUUUGACCUGUAAGGUUCAGUAAUGUGAUAAAUCCUUCAGAACCUGAACAGUUUGGACCUUUUUCUGGAUGAUGACUUACUGUGGGUUAAAAAGCAGAGUGGCCGCUGAGGCAGGAAAUGGAGCUGGUGGACCCGUCUCUGACCGAUAAUCAAAUCUGUUUUUCAGACGUGUCUAAUGGAGCCACCGCUCACGUCACUGCCGACCGUUUCCCGUCACCUGCCUCUUCCACGACAGCUUCAAUUACAGAGGAGAGACGGUGCUGCAUAAUGGAUCCGUCACAGAUGUCCACUGACUGACCAGAAGGGACAGAAAGGGGCAAAAGAGACGAACUGGAGCAACCAGAGUUUCUGUUACAAAGAUCUGGUUAAGAACUGGUUCAGUAAGGUGAAUGUUCUGUCUGAACGAUUCUCCAGUCUGAGUCAGCAGCCAAUCAGGCAAAAUAAAAAAAUAAAUAAAACCUCCAUGUUAAACCAGCCGACAUCCAGAGAGACAUUUAGGAAUCAGUUCAAAACAAGGAAUCAGUUCAAAACAAGGAAUCAGUUCAAAAUCACAACAGUCAGGUCCUUUUAGGAUGUUGUAAUCUGUUCAAAUUCACAAAUCAGUUCAGAGAAUUUAAUCCGUUUGGUGUCCAGAACCUUUUUAGAAUCAGGAAUCUGUUCAGUCCAGAAUCUGUUCAAUCGGGAAUCUGUUCAGUGGAAGGAAACGAGCAGAAAACCUGAACUGAAACUGAAAAUCUCCAUCAGAAACCACAAAAACUUCCUGAUCCAGAAAACUUGAAACUAUCAGGUAAUUCCGAGUCUUAAUUAAUUUAGAGUCCUAAUCAGCCAAUCUGGGUUAAAUGCCUCUGCAGCCUCUGCAGCGCCCCCUCUGCUGAUGAUGCGCUCCUGCAACAACAUCCAUCACCUUCCUCCUCCUCCUCCUCACUGGUACCCAGAGCGACAAACCUCAGUGCAUCACAGUGUUUGAUUGUAGCCCGAGUCGUGCAGCUGUUCCGCUGCUCCAGAACUGGUGAACUGAACCAAACCGAACCGAACCGGGAGGAACCGGGCCACCGCGCCGGGAUGGACCCCGAGCUGGAGCCGCGUUUCCUGCUGUGAAGAGCGGAGCAGGAGCCUGGAAAACCCCGGAGGGAAGCGGAGGAGGUGGCGGGGGGGAUCCGGGGGACAGAGCCAUGGCGACUGGCGGCGGCGGAGGCGGCGGCGGGGCGGCGCGCAGGCGGAGAGCCGGGAUCCCCGGGUUCUGCUGGAAGACCUGCUGCUUCCCGCUCCUGCUCUGCGUGGUGUCGGUGUGCGGGGAGGAGAAGACCUUCAUAGUGGAGACGUGGCUGAAGAACUACGGCUACCUGCUGCCUCAUGACGUCAGGACGUCGGACCUGCGGCAGGAGAAGGCCAUGCAGUCCGCCGUGGCGGCCAUGCAGCGUUUCUACGGGAUCCCGGUGACGGGAAUCCUGGACGAAACGACCGUAAAGUGGAUGCGGCGGCCUCGCUGCGGCGUUCCCGACCAUCCUCACACCAGCCGGCGUCAGAGGAACAAGCGCUACGCACUGACGGGGCAGAAAUGGAGGGAGAAGAGGAUCACCUACAGAAUAUCAAACUACACCCCCAAGGUGGGGGAGAAGGACACGCACCGAGCGAUCCGCCAAGCCUUCAACGUGUGGCAGGCUGUCACUCCGCUCUCCUUCCAGGAGGUCCCAAACUCAGACGUGGAGAGCGACGGGAAAGACGCCGACAUCAUCAUCUUCUUCGCCUCUGGUUUCCAUGGCGACAGCUCUCCAUUUGACGGCGAAGGGGGAUUCCUGGCCCACGCCUACUUCCCAGGCGCCGGCAUUGGAGGAGACACCCACUUCGACUCUGACGAGCCGUGGACGCUGGGAAACGCCAACCAUGAUGGUAAUGACUUGUUCCUGGUGGCGGUGCAUGAACUAGGCCACGCUUUGGGUUUGGAGCACUCCAACGACCCCAGCGCCAUCAUGGCUCCCUUCUACCAGUACAUGGACACGCACAACUUCAAGCUGCCAAUGGACGACCUGCAGGGCAUUCAGAAAAUCUACGGGAUCCCCACCCCCAUGUUGGAACCCACCCGGCCGUUGCCCACGCUUCCCUCCCGACGGACUCACUCCACCUCGGAAUGCCAUCCGGACCGGGUCGCCCGGCCGGGUCGGCCGCCCGGCGACCGGCCCGCUCUGCCCGGCAACGGAAAGCCCAACAUCUGCGACGGGAACUUCAACACCGUGGCGUUCUUCAGAAACGAACUGUUUGUUUUCAAAGAUCGCUGGUUGUGGCGUCUGAAGAACAACAAUGUCCUGGAGGGUUAUCCCAUAGAGAUCGACCAGUUCUGGAAGGGCCUGCCUCCUCGCAUCGACGCUGCCUACGAGAGGUCCGACGGAAAGUUUGUCUUCUUCAAAGGUGAUAAGUUCUGGGUGUUUAAGGAGGUGAAGGCCGAGCCGGGUUACCCUCAGAGCCUCAUGGAGCUGGGCAGCUUCCUCCCCAAAGAUGGCAUCGAUGCCGCCGUCCGCUGGGAGGUCUUCGGGAAAACCUACUUCUUCAAAGGAAACCAGUACUGGCGCUACAAUGAGGAGAAGCGGACGGUGGACCCAGGAUACCCGAAGCCCAUCAGUGUGUGGGACGGAGUCCCUGACUCUCCCCAGGGAGCCUUCACCACCAGAAAGGGAUAUCACACCUUCUUCUACAGGGGGAAGGAGUACUGGAAGUUCGACAACCAGAAGCUGACGGUGGAGCCUGGAUAUCCAAAGUCUAUUUUACAAGACUGGAUGGGCUGCUACCAGUCCGAGAUGGAGCGCUCCGGCAGCAACCGCGGAGACCGGCAGCUGCCUCUUGACGACGUGGACGUCAUCGUGACCAUCAACGACGUCCCCACAACCGUCAACGCCAUCGCCGUGGUGAUACCCUGCAUCCUGUCGCUCUGCAUCCUGGUGCUGAUCUACACCAUUUUCCAGUUUAAGAGCAAAGGAGCGCAGCAGAACACGAUGAUGCAGCAUUAUUACAAAUACCCGGUGCAGGAGUGGGUAUGACAGGGGACCAGAACCCCAAAGCUGUUGUCACUUUCAGCCAACAGAACUGGACCGAAAGGCGCUGCUAGCUGGAGAGAGAAGAUCUGAACUUUGAGACAAAGAGUUUAAAAGAAAUUUUCAUAUUUGGAGUUAAAACCAAACGGGGUUGACAGUAAAAUAAAGUCCAGAGUGAUAUGGAGCGAAUUUGUCUUCAUCUCUUUUUGGAUGCUGGAAGUUCUUGCUGGACCAACAACAAACUUUUUUUCCUCUGAGAAAAUAAGAGGGAGAAAACAUUUCCCAGUUGGAAACUACCUUUAAACUUUACAUGAGAACUGCUUCAGUUAUAAAGUUAGGUCAAAGUUAA